AGACUCAGCUUCCAUCCCAUUGGAUUUUAAUUCUCUUUUCUCCUAGGGAGUCACAGCGUUGCUUUUGCUGAAGACGGGCGAUACAGUGGUUGGCACUGGAGGAGGGAUCGUAGCUCUCUGUAAAGGCUCCAACUACAAAGUGAUGAAGAAAAUUCAAGUUCAAGGUGCUGUCACUUCCCUGACAUCUAGAGGUCAGGGUCACCAGUUCUUCAUAGGGACAAGUAACUGCCAGAUUUAUCGAGUGAACUACACAUCAUUUAAAGAGGAGCUGAUCGCUGCCUGUCACCACGAAGCCGUCCAUGACGUUGUUUUUCCUGUGGGAAUUUCUGACCUGUUCGUUACCUGCUCCAAAAAUGACAUUCGAGUUUGGUACACCCCAGAGCACAGGGAGCUUCUACGGAUCAUCGUCCCCAGUGUGACCUGCCAUGCCAUAGAGGUCAUGAGGGAUGGCAAGAGCAUCAUUUCAGCUUGGAAUGACGGGAAAAUCCGCGCCUUCGUGGGUGACACUGGCCAGCCCCUGUACGUGAUUGACCAUGCCCACAGCCUGGGAGUGACGGCAAUCACUGCCACGAGCGACUGUAAACGGAUCAUUAGUGGAGGAGGUGAAGGGCAGGUGAGGAUCUGGGAGAUUGGCAAAAAGACUCAGAAACUGGGGGAAAUUCUGAAGGAGCAUGUGUCUGCUGUGUCCUGCAUUAAGAUUACAAAGAAUGACCGGGAGUGUGUCACAGCCAGCCUCGACAGAACGUGCAUCAUCUGGGAUAUUGUGCGUUUUACAAGAAAACAAAUGAUUCUUGCCAACACGCUGUUCAAAUGUGUGUGUUACCAUCCUGAGGAGCACCAGAUCAUCACCAGCGGAACAGACAGAAAGAUCGGGUACUGGGAAGUGUUUGACGGCUCUGCAGUCAGAGAAGUGGAAGGGUCUGCAUCGGGUUCCAUCAACGGGAUGGACAUCACCGCGGACGGGGCAUACUUUGUCACAGGCGGCGAUGACCAUCUGGUGAAACUGUGGGACUACAACCAGGGCACGGUGACGCACGUUGGGGUGGGCCACAGCGGCAGCAUCACCCGGCUCAAGAUCUGCCCCGGGAACAAGUACAUUGUGAGUGUGAGCGCAGACGGAGCCGUCCUGCUCUGGACAUACCCGGCCUCGCGGUGA